CAUAAAGCCCAUGGGAACUGAAUCGCGAACAUCAUAUUGUGAGUAUUAUGUAAGGCUGAUGCAAUCAUUACGAUCAUCAAUCACUAUUACCAGCUCAUAAAUACCUUGUAAUCAUAAGCGUGAUCAUUGUGUUCUGAUCUGGGUUUUUAUUCCGCAUCGAAGCUCUAGAUCAAGUUACCGUUUAUUUUUGUUUAGUCUUGUCUUACUACCUACAGGUUUGUUAUGGGUACUCACAAUUCAUCAGAUAUCUUUAAUACUAUAAACCAACAUCCUGUAUUUGGUACCUACCUACCUAUGUAUAGUACUUUUACCGCAUGAAAAUACGUUUGGUAAUAUAAUAUUAUUUAUUGUCCAUUCUAAUAGACCUCUGUAAGAAGGUUGUUUUGAAUGUCCAGUGGUCGUCCUUUGGCUGAUAUGGUGAUGAUAAUGAUUAUGAUAGACGUGGUUAUUAAUGCAAAUACAGAUAUGGUUCAUCAUAAUUUUAUUAAUUGACUUCCCACAAGGUCACAGUAAGUCAUGUUAUUUUAUCUUAUAUCUCAAAUAUGCAAUACAAAGCUUUUCAUCAUACAAGGUCUCUUUAAAAAUAAACACCGAUGGUUAAAUAAAAACUAUUGUUGUCCAAAAAAAUCUUCAAUGUCAAUCGUCAAUGACAAUGUCAAGUAGCAUCAAAGUCAAGAAAGUGAUUUAAGAAUUUAAUAAAAUAUAUUAUAGAAAAAAAAAUUUAAAAGCCAAUGUAAUACUAUUGGAAGUAAAACAUGACAUACAAAGAAAUGGUAAAAGUUUUACGCGAUAAAAUGAGAAGGAGUGCGACAAUUUGCGAAAGAAUUCUUUGCUACAGUUUAGUUUUCAUAAUAACUCCUUGCUUCUUCAUAUUUCAAAUGACUGUGGUACGCCCUACUAUAGUCGACCACUACAAUAUGGGUAUUAUAAAGCAUACCUUGCAUAUAAUAUGUUCGACGUUUUGUUUCGUCAACAUUGUAGGGAAUAUGAUAUUUAGUAUCAUCACGGAUACAAAAGUGAGGGCGUCGAUGGAUGCGGACAGCUACUGCGAGGUGUGCAAGAUACAGCGGCCAGCGAAAGCUUGGCAUUGCAAGAAGUGCAAUGCUUGCAUCCUGAGGAGAGACCACCAUUGCUUCUUCUUUUCACGCUGCAUUGGACUGCGAAAUCAACGCUACUACGUACUGUAUCUCGCUUACGUAUUCAUUUCCAUGAUCUAUUCUUUAUACUACAACUAUUAUUACGUGGUGAUAAAGUUCGAAGACCAGUGCAUGGUUUUGUCAGCUUUUCGAGUUAUUAACCCGUUUUUGAGGUAUGUGAUUCCUGAGCUAAUGGGUAUAAAAGACCUGUACAUGAUGUUUUUGUUCAUAAAUACAAGCCUUGCUAUUUGGUCUGGUGGGUUGUUCUACUUCCACAUGAUGAACGUCGUGAGAGGGUUGACAGCUCAUGAGUCUAGGAAGGAGUUUGGUGCAGACUGGGUCAUGGUGAAGAGGAACUUCUUUAGUGUAUUCGGUGUGAAGUGGUACUGGGCGGUGUUGUCCCCGUUCGCUGAUAGCACUUCACCUGAUGAACUUGAUUUGAAACAUCAAUAGUUUGUGUAAGGUUAUAUAUUAAAGAUGAAUAUUUUUAUAGACUUGUUUUAUUAUAUAGAUUGGAAUAGGAAUUUCACUAGGAGAUUUUAUGUUGA